UGUUGUAUAACAUGAUGUUUUGGUGCUUAAUUUGUAAAAUCAUAACCUAAUUCGAUGUUUAAUAGAAUUUUCCUUAAUCCCUCCUUAUUAUCCAACAUAUUCACUUAUCCAACAUUCUGCCGCCCCUUUUAUGUUGGAUAAGUGGGACUCUACUGUACCUAUUUUCAGAAAUUGGUUUCAGUGUGACAGUAUGUUACAAAUAUCUUUAGGUGGACUUCACUAAUAGUGUACAUAUUAGGACUAUUAAAUGUGUUUUGUUUGUAUAUUAUCCACCCCUGCAUCAUGCUAAACACUUCACGGCAGACAGUUCCAUUUUAAAGACAUUUGGUAGAGAUUGAAGCCAAAGGCUUCCCUAAUUCUUCUAAUAUUCGAUAGCUUUAGUACACUCAGGAAUUGAUGUUAGUCUAUAGUUUUUUGUGUAUUCUCCUAUUUCAAUCUCUUUCCUAUUAUCUUGCUGUUCCAGUUCCAAGGUGGAACUCUUUGACUGUGAUGCAGGCAUUGUCUGGACUUGAACCAACGUUCCACAAGUGAACAGAACUCAUUCUUGGCAAGAUGAAACUGAAGCCAAGAUGUCUCAUGCAUUUCUUGUGCUUAGACAGAAUGUAUUGCUUGUUAUCUGUCAGAAAUGCUAGAGUCUUGGCAUACUACUUUUCUCUCCUUGAUGUUCAUAAUAAGAAUUCUUUGAAUAAUCUGCAGUUUUUCCACUUUCUUAAUUAUAUAACUGAUCUAACCAAGAUGCAGAUCAUGCUGGUGUUUGACUUGCUGGACUGGAAUGGCUCAGGAGAGAUCAACUUUGAUGAAUUCUACAUGUUGGUGUGCAUCAUAAUGUCUCAUGAGAAUCACGUUGAAAAGCAGUUCAUGUAUCGCCAUUCUCAUGCUGUUUUUGAGUUGCUGGACAUCGACGGGGGUCACACUGUGGGCCCUGCAGAAUUCCAAGCCACUCGCUUCCUGUUCAAUAUUAAGAAGGGCGAGCUGAGCCAAAUAUUCAAGGAUUUUGACAUCUCUGGUGAUGAGCAACUGAACUACAAGGAAUUCAGGAUGUUUACGAUCUUCUGCAUUGACCGACAACAAAGGAAGGCAAAGGAAAAGCUGAAGAGGCAGAUGUCUAAGGGUGAAACUGAGGAUGGUACCCUUAGAGAUGAAGAGACUGAAGGUUAAUUAUAUGCAGAAGAAAAUAGCACCAUCCCUCUUGUAGCCAGAAAAUCAAAACAUUAAAGAGAAAAAUAAAAAAAGGAUUUUCAUUAAAAACA